AUGCUGAUACUGCUUCCCAUAAAAAUGGCCUCCACUGUUCGACACCGGCCGAAUUUGCCUAAACAUGACGAUGGGCUGUCAGCUCAAAAUGAAUCAAAUGACAGCAAGAAAGCGACCAAGGAUUCUGCUUUGGUCAGGGAAUAUAUGUGGAUCGUUAUCUUUGCCUUCUUUGCUAUGCUUUUUUGCAUAGUGCACCACGAAAAUGGAAAAUUGCCCGAACCACUUGAUCUACGGAGCGCCAAACCCGGCAUGUUUGUUGCUGAGAGGGCAUAUCAAGAUUUGUUGGCCAUCACAAAAUGGGGCAAACGAAUCGUUGGCUCACCUGCAAAUGAAAAGAACACUGUUAAGUACCUGAUGGACCAAAUUGCCGAUAUUCAGAAAAAGGCACAAUCUGUUCAUUGGAUUGAGAGCGAUCUUCAGACAGUUUCAGGGACGUUCACGUUGCAGUUCCUCGGCGAGUUUUCUAGUUAUUAUGACCUGGUUAAGAAUGUUGUGGUGAGGUUUGGACCAAAGACUGGAGCUGAACAUGCCCUGCUUGUCAGUUGUCACUUUGAUUCUAUUGUUGGAAGCCCAGGUGCCAGCGAUGAUGCUGUUAGCUGUGCACUCAUGCUAGAAGCACUGCGGAUAUUAUCUCAAGAUGAGCGACCAUUCAAGUAUAACAUUGUUUUUAAUUUCAAUGGUGCGGAAGAAAAUAUAUUGCAGGCUAGCCAUGGAUUCAUUACCAAGCACAAAUGGGCUAAGAAUAUCAGGGCUUUUGUUAAUUUGGAUUCUGCGGGGUCAGGAGGCAGAGAACUUGUCUUUCAAACUGGUCCAGAGAACCCUUGGCUUGUCAAAGCAUAUGCUGAAGCCGCCGUCUAUCCGUAUGCCUCAAUCGUUGGCCAGGAGAUAUUUCAGAGUGGCUUCAUCCCCUCCGAUACGGACUUCAGAAUCUAUAGAGAUUUUGGCAACAUUCCAGGUAUUGACAUAGCCUACAUCAACAAUGGUUAUGUUUAUCAUACAGAAUUCGAUACCGCUGACAGGAUUCCUAAAGGAUGCCUUCAACGAGGAGGUGAAAAUCUCUUGGCUUUGGUCAAAAGACUUGCAAGCUCUCCCAAGCUGGAAGACCCCAAAAAUGAGGCAAAGGGAAAUAUGGUGUUCUAUGAUAUCCUUGGCAAGUUCCUCAUUAUGUACCCAGACAGAGUUGGCCGAUUCGUCAAUUACAUCACCGCGAUCAUCGUUUUCAUUGGCAUUGCUAAAAAAACAGCUGGAUUUAGGACAAACGGCCUGACAGGAACCACGUACCUCAGCAAUCUCGUAAAAGCCGUUGUUGUAAUGUUCAUUGCUUGGAUUGCUACGUUACUUGGCGUGGUUUUGGUGGCACUACUUCUGAUCGCAAUGGGGAGGCGAAUGUCUUGGUAUACGCAUACUUUCAAUGUCAUUGGUCUGUACAUCAUCCCUGCUGUCAUGGCAAAUCUCACGGUACAUAUAGUCGCCAAAAAAUAUCUUUAUAAGAGAUUUGGUAAUAUGUGGCAUAUAGAGGGAUUAUACUUCGAUGCUAAUUUGGUGAUCAUGGCAACCAUAAUGACUGUGAUGACAUAUGCAGAGAUUGGUUCAGCUUUUCUUGUGCUUCUCCUUGUACUCCUUCCAUUAAUGAUAAAAGACAGGGGUGUCAAGAUUUGGGGUUUACGAUAUCAGGAUGCAAGGGUCAUGUACAUAGUGAUUCAUCUCCUAUCUCAAGCAUUCCCAAGCCUCGCCAUCUCAUAUCUCAUCUAUAAUGUCUAUGUGUUAUUUGUCCCACUGAUGGGUCGGGUUGGUACAGAGAUCAACACAGAUAUAUUCAUAGGGUUGGUCAAUGCUGGUGUGGUUAUCAUUCAUAUGAGUUAUCAGUCAAGUGUCGUGUACGUCACAAGGUCCAUGAAGCGCACCCUUUUGUGUCUUGGUAGCAUCUUCUUGGCAACAUUCAUUGUUGUCUUAUUCACACCGUUGGGCUUUCCGUACCGGUACGACCUGGCCGGUCCAACAACCCAGCGACAUGUUGUUUCACAUAUUGAACGUCACUUCUACAACAAAGAAGGAGAGGUGACGAAGACAGAUUCGGGCAUGUGGUUCAUCCCGUUUGAUGCUGUCGGCACAGAGGCAUUAAUUCCAUACCUCAAAGAGUUGGAGGGUGCAAAACCACAUGAAUGUGAUGGCCCUUAUUGUGGAAUGCCAUAUUUAUUACCAAUGCUCACAAUGAUGAGGAAAACUUGGUAUGUUCCUGGUCCAAAAUUAACCAUCCCUCCAGAAAAACGCGUUAUUGUCAAACUCACCGAUAGAAAAUUCUUGGAAGGCAAUAAGCAGCUACUCAAGUUGGCAGUUACAGGCCCUGAUCACAUCGGCAUAGUUUUCGAGGUUAGAGAAGGCGUGAAUAUCACCAAGUGGUCUAUCGGGAAUGGCCACCCGCAUCCAACCAAAGUUCCUGCCGAGAUCAAGAGAGACACCUACUGGGUUUACUAUUCCUAUGGAACGAAGCCCUCCAAACCUUGGGAGUUUUGGGUCGAACUGCAGACAACAUCAAGCAGCAAGGAUGAACCAGUGAUGGAGAUAUCUUUCUCUGGCCAAUUCCUACACGGUGAAUACGAGGUGACCGACUUCCACAAAACCUUUGAAGACCGAAUUCCAAAAUGGGUCAGCCCAUUGUUCUGGUCUUCAACAUAUGAUGUUUACACCUACUAGACAUGGAAAAGGGGCAAUUUUAUUUUCAAUUGAAAAGUUUCACCCCAGUUUAUCAUACUUAGACUGUUUAUAGUACUUUAGACGUAUUGUUGCAAAAUUCACACCUGAAUUUCAGGAACACUUUUAUAUUAAAGUAUACAGUAUUAUUCACCUGACUAGGCAUACUUCUGAAUUUCUGCAUUUCUUCUUGCACGAACAAUGUUACACUCCCAAGGCUGCCUGUUUCACUCUUAAAGUAUUAAACAAUUAUGAUGAAAAUAAUAACUACUGUGAUCAUUUAUCCAUGGUUAGGAGUUACUUCAUGACGAUUUGACAUCCAGGUAGACAGCUUUCCUAAGUCCGAACUCCCGAGUGCUUUUAGCAGUAAGUCCACUGGUUCCAUAUAUAUGCAUAUGUGUCACCCCGGUAGUCAUUAGGUAAGAGGGGUUAGCAACUUCUUGCGUCAUUAGACAUCAUAAAACCAAACUUUAGCCUCACUUCAUGGAGACUGGCAGCAUUAGGUUAGUAAACCUCCAUAAGUUGAAGGUGUUUCACUCCUUUCCCUUAUAUCUCUUUAAGGCCUACUUCAUUUGUCAAAAAAAAUUGAAUUUGAAUUUGAAUUUGAACAAAUUUUAGUUGUGUAAAUUAUAUGCACAGAAGGUAAACUUCAAUAUAUUCCAAUUCCCAUUGUGUAAACUAGGACUUGUAGCAUGAGUAUGCCUGCAUGUGAAAUCCUUGAGAUAACCAAGAACAAUGUAAGUUUUUUGUACAAUGUAUUAAUGUAUGUGCUUUAUUUUAUGUUUUAAAUGUUUUAUUCGGAUCAACGAAGCAUUUGUAUUGUGUUGAAAAAGAGUUGAUUUUUGGCCAUGUAUUUGGUGAAGACUGAUAAUGAAGAAUUGAUAGAUUAACAGGUACUGUAAACUCAUUUGUUUUCAUGAUUUCUUGCUAGAGGGCUUACGACUUAUAUUACUACCGGUACUAACAUGAAGGUCCACACUAAGGGCCAUUAGUAUUGAAGGGUUCACAGUUGAUAGAUAGAUAUAGAAAAGUACUAUAUACUGACAGGUGAUUAAGCAGAUAGUGUAUGAGGGCUGCAAGUGUUUUAAAAUUCAAUCCCCAAUCAUUCCAGAAACAUGUUCAUAUCUGUCUGUGAUAUUGUUUUUGAUAUCUUGCAUGUACAGUCUUGAUCAUAUUAAAGAGACACAAUAACUUGAAAUACAUGGUGAUGUAUUGGUGUCACACUGUCAAAAAAAAGGUAGGAAAUAGUACCAUAGACUUUUUAACUUGGUUUAGGCUGUACUGGUUUUAUUUCAUGAUCUCAGUUUAUUUCUUUGCAUUAUAUCAAAUGCAUAAUAACAUUUGUUAAACUGCAGCAGGUUCUGACUGACUGGUUACCUUGAGCAAUGAUAUUUAGUGUAGUGAACUGAAAUGAAUAAAACAAUUGAAAAGUGUCUGUUUUAAGGUGUUGGUUUGUCAAAUUCUGAUUUUGGUGUUUUUUGGGCCAGAUUCUUUCAUUUGAUUUAUAUCAUGAUAUUAGUGAAGUAAAAGAAGAAUUUUAAAUGUGUGAGAUGUGUGUAUUUGGCCUUUUUUAAUGGAAAUCUUUUUCACAUUUUUACUAUCGGACAUUUUCUAGAAUAAAUAUUGACCCCUGACCUAAGAAAAAUCAUGUUGUUGUGAACAUGGUACACUAUAUGUGAACUCGUUACUCAGGAUCACUAUUUUUUGUGAAAUAAAACAAAUGAUGCUGUAUUUUCUUUAAUAACACAAAGUAUUACACAAUUCGUCUCAAAGGGACUCUUAUGUCAAGACAAGCAUCUAACCUGGUAUAGAUUUACAAUUAUCGUAAUGUUGUUGGGUGAUUUGCAUUCUGUAUAUUGGGUAAGAUUCUGGCACCCCUGGAGUUGGUCAGGCAAAGUAUUUCAUGGCCUGACUGACAUAAGAGUCCCUUCAACAUUUCUCUAGAUGUUCACUGUGUGUGACUAUGCGGCUUAUUCCUAACUAAAUGCUCAUCACAGUUGAGGUGAGAACAUUAAAUGCAAAAUGCUCAAUAAUGAUAAAAAAUGAUAAACAACACAUUCAUAUAGCACAAUUUUGAGAAGGGCAGCAAACCAUUCAGACUUCUGGACUUUUGUAAAAAAGUAAUAUUUUCAAGUGUCCCCAAUGUGGGUUUACAUGUUUGUCUGCUUUAAGUGGAAAUUCAAAUAACUUUGGUUACUUACAAAAAGUAAUCAGAAAGGGAUGUUAACCUAAAUAUGUUACCUUUGGUGGUUUGAACAUUUUGCAUCUAAACUCUUCUCUUGUCCUGUUCUGCAACUUUUUGCUUCCCUUUACAUACUCCACUGACAAAUUAAACUUCAU